AUGAACCCUUUCUCCCCACAACUCAAUCCCACCAGCGACGUGACAGAGGCUCAAGAGCUCGUGGAAGCUGCCAUAUCAUCACUCACCACGUGUCAGUCUCUCCUUGGCUCGUCGCCCGUCCCCACGGGGGGCGCUUCUGGUAAUGUAUCUGUCCAUGCAGCCGGCGCCACUGCUGCUGGCGCCGCUGCUGCUGGCGCCACCGCAGCCGCUGAAGGGAACAUGGACAACCGUACAGCACCAGGGCGGCCAUACACGGUGCCAACGCUGGCAGAUUCGCAGCACCAGGCUAGAACAGCAGGUGCAGUAUCAUCACCACCAUCAGCAGCAGCAACAGCAGCAGCUACAACAGCGGCGGAGGUGGCGGCGGCAGCAGCAGCAGCAGCAGCAGCAGCAGCAGCAGCAGCAGCAACACAGUGGCAAACACAAGCCCAGGGAACGCAGGAGGAGCACCAAUACGACUGGAACCCCCACAACCACUUGUCGUACGGGUAUGGUAAUCCGGCUGCUGCGUCCAGGCAUGGUGCCGCUUCCUUGCCCAUGGGAACAGGUGAACUGAGAAUCGCUAACUCAUUUGGAGGUUAUGCUGGUGCUUCAGCUCUUGAGAGUGCUGUGCCCAUGCGUGGGGGGUCGUUACCCCUUCCUUCAUCGCGUGCGCAAGGCGCAGAAGCAGUAGUAGGAGGAGUGGGAGGAGGAGGGAGCGGAGACGGAGGCAGAGGCGGAGGGGGAAGAGGAGAGGGAGGAGCAGAGGGAGGAAGCGAGGGAAGGGGAGGGGGAGGGGAAGGGGGAGGAGGAGGAGGAGGAGGAGGAGGAGGAGGAGGAGGAGGAGGAGGAGGAGGAGGAGGAGGAGGAGGAGGAGGAGGAGGAACGGAUGCUUUGUCCAGUUGGCCUGUCACCCAAGGGAUAGCAGGAAGCUCUGUAGCCAGACCUACAGCUGCAGGGGUUGGUGGCUGGGAUAACAGAGAUCCGGGACAAAAGGAGCCAGAGUCUGGAAUGGCCGGGGCAGGCUCAUUCUCUUACAGGGCUGUAGCAGCGUCCGUGCCAUACAGUGCUGUAGCAGCCUUGGGGCCGUACGGUGCUGUGGCAGGGCUGGCAGGGGGCAGGGUUGAAGGGGAAGGAGGAGGAGGAGGAGGAGGAGGAGGAGGAGGAGGAGGAGGAGGAGGAGGAGGAGGAGGAGGAGGAGGAGGAGGAGGAGGAGGAGGAGGAGGAGGAGGAGGAGGAGUGAGGGCAGGGGAAAUGGAUGAUUUGGCUGCACGGGUGAAUCUGGAGACGGCGCUAGGGGACAACCUGAUAAGGCAAGCUCUUGCUUUUCUGCAAGAGGAUUCGGAUGGAGGAGAGAGGGUGGCAGGUGGGAUGCAUGGAGCGGGAGGGGCCGGGGGAGUGGGGUCAGGAGGGGCGAACGAGGAGGCAGCGGCUGGGAACCAGGGGGACCCAAGCGUGAGUGGUGGCAGCGGCAGCGGAGUCAGCCUGGGAGCUGCAGCCGCAGCUGCAGCAGCACCACCAGCGGCAGCGGCAGCAGCAGCGGCAGCAGCAGUGGCAGCAGCAGCAGCAGCAGCAGCAGCAGCAGCAGCAGCAGCAGACAGCCAGUUUCGAGAGGGUCAUCAACCUCACCCAAGAAACAGUCAUGCCGUUGCUGCAUACACUGGCAGGGCUGGUGCACCUGGGAGCAUAAGCAGCCUUGUGAACCUCCCCCGGUUCAACUCCAACAACAGGACUCCUGCCGGUGCAACCGGUGGCAUUGCUGCUAGCACUGGCGGCGGUGGUGGUGUUGCCGUUGCCCCUGCCUUGGCAGCUGCUGGUUUCUCAAGAGGUGGACUGAUAGCGCAUGGAGGGGACUCAGACAGGAAACGAGCAGCAGAGGAGGAAUUGGACGGGCAAACUCUCAUCCCCCAAAAGCGACAGCGCGCACCCGCAAAACCAUCCGCGUCCGAAAUCCCUCCAGACGGGUGGGAAUGGCGCAAGUACGGGCAGAAAGCUACACUCGGGCAGCUGUACCCGCGGAGUUAUUUCCGGUGUGCGUUCCGGGGCGGUGGGCCGCCGUGCAUGGCCAAGAAAUGGGCUGAGAGGUGCAAUGAAAACCCGUCUAACUGGAGAAUUAAGUACAUGUCGGAACAUAACCAUGCCAAGCCGCCGCCUCGGCCGGUUACCAUCACCAUUGUGGCGGACGGCAUGGGGGUGGACGCAUCUGGAGGGUCAAUUGGUGCUGUCGGGCCACCGCUGCCGGCACUCAGUGACACCUCCCCGCUUGCCCUGCCUGGUACUCCUGGCUCUGGUGGUUCUGGUGGUGCUGCUGGUGCUGCUGCUGGUGGUGCUGCUGCUGGUGCUGCUGGUGGUGCUGCUGGUGCUGCCGCUGCUGGUGGUGCUGCUGGGUUGAUGAAGGGGGAGAGGGCGAAAGGAGGGAAGGAGGGCGAGUGA